AAAAUAUUGUCCUGUGUUGAUAUAGGCCAUUUUUUCAAUUUCACCGUAACUUGUACCUAUUUAUUACCAAGUAGUAGGAGUGAAGUAGUAUUAAUAAUUAUGAAUUUCGACGAUGAAAGCUUAGGGACUUACAUGUCAAAGGAAUCUUCCUUCGGAGAAGCAUUGGCUUCUUCAACAUUCAGUGCACCAGAGCCACUCCACGUGAUCAGCGAAUUCGGUGACGGAGAUUGCGGGGAGCCCCUGGAGGCACAUCAUCUUCGCCUGGACUUUACCCCCACGGACGACGACGACGACUAUUCCCAGAAGAAAUGCUGCGAGUUCUGGAAGUACAUUGAAAGUAGAAGUGACUUAAGAGGCAUGAUGGUUCUGCCGGUUAGUGACACACCUUCUCAGAGUACUGACUCAAUCUCCGUCCACAAGCCAGCUAUGAAGGAGCGCGUAUCGAAGCCAAAUACAGCCGUCUCAAUGCUCCAAUUUGUCGAAGAUAAAGGUUUAAUAGAUCGAGCAUUCGAAGUGAAGAUGCAACAAUCGCGAUGCACACUGGGUUCAGACGACUAUGAGCUGAGUCCAAAAGCUAGACAAAUAAAGUGCCCUUGUCCCCAUCCCUGCCUGAAGUGCCCAAAUGCUCCUACUUCUGCCGCCCGUGCACUUUGCGAGGAACUGGGGGCUUGGGAUGUGCGCCAUCCGAAGUCAAUGGAGCCGCCGCGUCAUCCCCCUUCGAUUUAACAAGAAUGUAAAGCUAUUAGCCCAUAUAGAUGGAUUACCUAC